AUGACUGCUCUCAGAUUUGUCAGAUCGGUUUGGGAGUCUUUUCGGGCUACUUCGGGCUUAGAGCCGCGCCUUUUAAACAAUCUUCAAGUAACUGCCGCGAGGCCUGGCACUGUCAACUUUGAACUGGAGAUCCAGAAGGAACACACAAACCGCCUGAACAUCCUCCAUGGAGGCACCAUUGCAAGCAUGGUGGACCUAGGUGGCUCCCUCGCUGUCGCCUCCCGCGGUCUGUUUGCGACAGGCGUGUCUACCGACCUCAAUGUCACCUAUCUCAACUCUGGAGGCAAGAUCGGUGACAAGAUUCUAGCGGAGGUCACCUGCGAUAAGUUUGGGAAAACUCUUGCGUACACCAACAUCAAGUUCACCAAUGGCAAGGGUGAUAUUGUUGCGAGAGGAAGCCACACAAAAUAUGUCACUCUUGCUUGGAAGGAUCCUCAGAAUAUUGUGGAGGAGAUCAACAAGGUCAAGUAA